AUGCAGACCACAGAUCUUCCGACAUGGUUCUGGCUCCCACUCAAGGGCGACUGCGAGUGGGAUUCCCCAUUCAACAUGGGGAACUGCUUCGACGAGCAGUACCACAACGUCUUUUUCAUUUUGAUCAAGGCGUUAAUCUACCUCACAAGGUUCACGACGUUCCCGUUCGUGCUCUUUUUCGCGGGGAUGCACGGAGAGUUCUUGGCCACCUUGCCCAUGGCCAUCCUCUCUACAACCACCAUCAUCCCCAUGGUCCUCUUGCGGCUCAUCUGGGCAGAAGACUACCACACUCAUGGCGGUUUGGGCAACCCCAUGGUGGAAUAUUCUGUCAAGACCUGGGCCAUUCUCUCCAUGCCAAACAUCGUUUCAUGGACCCCCAGUGCCGCUUUUGCGGUGAGCCACUCGGUGCGAAUCGUUAGGGAAACUUUUGUUUCUCUUCGUAUUCAAGCCGAUUCCAGCUUCGACGCUGAGACUCUGUUCCCUACUCCCUUUGCCGGGAGGGACUGGGAUUUGGAUCUCAGCACAUCCGGUGCUGAAGCCUGGAUACGAAUGCUGGUGCAGGAGGAUCAAGAAGAGAGACACGCCCGACGGGAGGAAGAGAAGAGACUCGCGGCGGAGCAGAAGAGACUGGAGCAGGCCCCUUUGCUGAUGCAGAAGCUUGAAGAUGACACCAACAUCGCCAUCUGGAAAGCUAUCAGCAAGAGGCGACCACAGCCCAUCAUCCGACGCCAGUCAGCUCUAACUCACCGGCAAGAGACUGAGAUGCUGGCUGAGGAGAGGGGCCUGACCAAGAAGCAACUCUUGGCUCAGCGCUAUGUGGUCGUGCCAGUGGACCAGAGCACUCAGUCGGACCCGUCCGACUUUGCUGACGACAGGGCGAUGAAGACGCCAGUCAGUCCGAUCGCCGAGAUCCCCCUCAUCUCCCGGCGUUCAGUCUGA